AUGUCUGCCGACGGCUCCUCCCCCGAGGCUUCUGCCAAGCCGGUCCUCACCGAGCGUGAGUUUGAGAUCCUCAAGCUCGCCUGGAGCUGCAUGAAGACUCCUCCCGAGGUGAGUAUUUCCAGAGUUCCGUCAAAUAGAUUCACCUUCCGCUUUCGAACCGAACUGACGUUUUCUUCUUCUUGGUCGCAGAUCGACUACCAGAAGCUAGCUGCCGCCUGCGGCAUGACCAACCACCGAUCCGCCUCCAACGCCUGGGGCUCCAUCAAGAAAAAGAUAUUCGCUGAUAUGCCCCCCGCCGUCGACGAGGACGGCAAGCCCGUCGCGACCCCGAAGCGCAAGCGCGCCACCCCGGCCAAGAAGAAGGCUGCUCCCGCCGCUGACGAGGGCGAUGAGCUCGCCAACUCGGAUGGCGAGGAGAAGCUCGUCGUUGAGACUCCCAAGAAGAAGCGCAACACCCCGGCCAAGAAGAAGACCGCCGCUGCCGCUGCUGCCGCUGCUGCCGCCGAUGGCGAGGGCGCCGAUGACGAGGAGACUGCUCCCGAGACUCCCGCCAAGAAGAAGCGCACCCCUGCCAAGCGCAAGACUCCCGUCAAGUCCAAGAAGGCCGCCGACGCCGCUGCCGCUGCCGCCCCUGCUGAUGACGGCGAGGAGAAGGCUGAGACCGAGAAUGCCGCCGACCAGGCUGCCGCUGCCGACGCCGCCGCCGAUGUCGCGAAGCUCGACGUCAAGGAUGAGGACAAGAAGGAGGAUGACAACAAGGAUGUCGAAAUGGACAACGGCGAGAACCAGGACGAGAUCUGA